GGGGAUGCAUUUUAUCAAAUUCUCUAUGGAUUGUAAAAAUGUCUGGGUCUGGAAACUUGUGAUGCACGAAGUGGAUGAUAGCCGGACUGCAAUACGCAGCCCAGCAUGACAUUUUUUUUGGCUGCAAUGUCUUACGUAUUCCGCAUGGCAAACUGCGUUUUUGCAUGACAGGUAAGAGGGCCUUUUCGUGCCUAGGCAACACAGAUUCUCGAGUCAUGCCAGACAAGCAUGACAAACUUACAUUCUUCCAGACCCAGACAUUUUUGCAUUUGAUAUUCUCCGACGAAAAUCAAAUGCUGUGCGGGUGGAUGAGGUAAGAUGAAGUAAAAAGUACUUACUUGCUCUCUUGAUGCGGCGCUGCUCUUUAUAAAUUAGUUGUAGUUCUAGUUGUGCUGCUGCUCUGUAUGGCACGCGUCGUCCUUUGUCGUGCGUAUACCACAUGAUGACAACAUCGCAAUAUCCUGAGUAAAAACGUACCCACACCAGAGUCAGGAUGGGGAUUUUGCAACACAAACCUAGGAGUUUUGUGAGUCACGCAUGACAAGUCGCACUCUGCAGUGUAGUGCAGGUUAGCAAGUGCAGCCGCAUCACAGAUUCAUCUGCUCAUCCUGUUCACAGCAUCACAAAUUCCGAAACACGAUUGGAAAUGGCUCUCAUGCGGAUGCGCAUUACAAGUCUUCCUGUCUUUGCAAAUCUGCAUUACAACUCUGGCGUGGGUACGUUUUUACUCAGGAUAGCAACUCAGGAUCGUCGCCGCGACAAACGCUUUAACCGAACUGACCAACGCGGUGAAGUACAAGAAGGAACGACAGCGGCAACGCCUGUUAGACCUCGCGAAAAAAGUGGACCCCCGCGUGUGGAUCAUGAUGCAAAUCAAGGGCCGGGUGCUGCUGAAGCGAAGGAAAGCC